CAAGAACAACGUGGGCCAAGCGGGUAUCAGCUUAAAGUCGGCAUUUUGAUAGGGUGAAUCGGGUAAAAGCCGGUUUCUUGUAGACUUUUGCUGGAGUUCAGUGCCACAUGCCAGACAGUGCUGUAGUGAGACUGAGUGAAGCUGUAGGCCAUCAGAACACCAGAUGAUUUUGUAGCAAGAACCACAAAUGGAGACCUCUGAUGGUGCUGAAACAGCUGCUGAUGGCUCAUUGAAGGAACAGAAAUGUUCAGAAACAGCAUCAGAAGGCCAUGUUUUGGUCACUGAGCAUGCGGUCAGCACUGGGUCACAAGAUGGAUUCGCUCUGAGCUCUCAGGAGGCGGGGAACAGAGGCGAUGCUGCCGUGCGGGCCGGCAGCUCCUCCGCCAACAGUGUGGAGGUGGGGAACACAGGCGAUGCUGACGUGCUGACUGGAAGCCCCUCUGCUAACAGCGUGUCCGUCAACACCACCACUGAAGCGGCACCACCACCCAUGUCCAAGCGCCAGCAGAAGCGGCUGGCAAAGCGCGAGGCCUACCUGGCGCUGCUGCCGCAGCUACGGCGCGCCGAGCGGCAGCGGCGCAAGGAGAAGCGCGCGGCGGCGGUGGCGGCCGGCGUGGCGCCCAAGCGUCCGCGGCUCACGCGUAUGACAGAGGGCGGCUGUGACGUGCGAGUCGUCAUCGACCUCUCGUUCGACGAGCUGAUGACCGACCGCGACCUGGGCAAGUGCUUGAAGCAGGUGCAGCGCUGCUACGCCGCUAACCGGCGCGCGCGACGGCCGCUGCAGCUGCACCUCUCCAGCAUGGACGGCCGCAGCCGCGUACUCAUGGACGCCAACGACGGCUGGGCCAACUGGGACGUGCACGUGCACCGCGAGCACUUCCGGCAGGCGCUGGACCCGGCCAGCAUCACCUACCUGUCGAGCGAGUCGGAGCAUGAGCUGACGGCGCUGGAGCCGGGCCGGGCGUACGUCAUCGGCGGCCUGGUGGACCACAAUCACCACAAGGGCCUGUGUCUGCGGCGCGCGGAGGAGGCCGGCCUGAGCCACGCCCGUCUGCCGAUCGACCAGUUCGUGCAGAUGCGCACGCGCAAGGUGCUGACCAUCGACCACGUGUUCUGCAUCCUGCUGGAGGUGGCGGCCGGCCGCAGCUGGCAGGAGGCGCUCUGCACGGUGCUGCCCGCGCGCAAGGGCGCCGUCGUCCGCGAGCCGGAGCAGGAGCAGUCUGAGGCCGAGCUCGAGGCGGGGCUGGAAGCGGAGCCAGAUGCGGAGCAGGGCGGAAGCGGGGAGAAGGAGCAGAAACCGAAGCCGGUGGCGUCGGCGCCGGAGGACGGCGACUCGGAGCCAUCGGCGGAAAGCCAAGCGGGCUCAGAGUCCAACGGACGCCGGAAAGCAUCGCAGUGCGACCGUGGUGAGGAAAUAGGACACAGCGAAAACGCCCAGGUGACGGAAGGGCAGGUGACUGAACGGGACGGUGUUCCAGUGUGCUCUGAUGGCAAGGAGCAGUCGCUGACGGAGUCGGGAAAUGUGAUAGACGCGGUGACGGCGGCGGCGGCGCCGACGCUCAUUGUCACCGCUGGAUCAACAAAGGCCGAGACGGAAUGUGGAAUGAAUAAAAUGUGACCAGA